GACUUGAGGACCCCGGACGUGGUGGUGGGUGCAGACACCAUCGUGACAGUAGGCGGCUUGAUCCUGGAGAAGCCUCUGGAUAAAGAGGACGCGUACCGGAUGCUUUCCAGGUUAAGCGGGAAGGAACACAGCGUGUUCACGGGCGUCGCAAUUGUCCACUGCUCCAGCGCAGGUGCUCAGCUGGAGACCCAGGUCCUGGAAUUCCACGAGGAAACCCGAGUCAAGUUCUCGGAGCUGUCGGAGGAGCUGCUAUGGGAGUACAUUCACAGCGGGGAGCCCAUGGACAAGGCUGGCGGCUACGGCAUCCAGGCGCUCGGGGGCAUGCUGGUGGAGCGUAUCAGCGGGGAUUUCCUCAACGUGGUGGGCUUCCCGCUGAACCACUUCUGCAAAGAGCUGGCCACGCUGUACUGCCCACCUCCCCGCGAAGCCGUGGGGCGCGUCAAGCACGACUCCAUCCCGUCCGUGGACACCUUCGAGACCCUAAGUGACGCAGAGGGCAGUGGCCCGCAGGAGGCUGCCUGCAACGGCCCGGUGGAGACCGCGCCCGCCUUUCCCGCGGAACUUCUGGAUCUCAUUGCGGGCUUCCAAGGCUCUAAGGUCCUGUUCACCGCCUGCAACCUGAAGGUGUUCGACGUUCUGAAGGACGGAGCCGUCCUGACGGCCGCAGACAUCGCCGGCAAAAUCCGUGCCUCCGCGUGCGGAACGGAGUGGCUGCUGCACGCCUGCGCGGCGCUGGGGCUGCUGGAGAGAACCGAGCGAGGUGGGUCGGAGAGGGAGNNNGCGAGCCUCUUCCUGGCGUCGGAGGGCCACCACUCCCUGCACGGUCUUGUCACCUUCUGCAACGAACAUGCCUGGGACCUCUUCACUCACCUGGAGUCCGCGGUCCGAGCGGGCAAGACGAGCCAGCUGGACCUAGUCUUCGGGAGGGGAACAGACGACUGGCUCAAGGACCCCUGCUGCCGCAGCCAGGAGGCCCAGCUGCACUUCCUUCGCGGCCUUCACGACCUCAGCAAGCUGAGUGCGCGAGCCGUGGCCACGGCCUUCGACCUGUCCGGCUUCACCUCUGCCUGCGAGCUGGGAGGCUGCACGGGGGCGCUGGCCCACGCACUCGCCCAGGAGCACCCACACCUGCAGGUGACCGUGUUCCACCUCCCACAGCUCACCCACCUGCUCCCAGGCCUCCAGCCCAGCACAGGGCGCGCCGCCCAGAUCAGCUUCCUGCCGGCCAGCGUGCGCUGUGCGCUGAGCGGGUUCCCGGAGCGUCUGCAGCCUAGGAACGAGGCCGAGCCGGCCGUGUGUGGCAACCUCCGGCAGCGGUGGUCUGACCUGCAGCUGACCCUGGGGCUGGGGCACGGCCGGGCCGCUGUGGCCGCGCGCUCACUUGACACCAGGCAGCCCUGGCAGCCCCGGCACAGCGGCCUGGCUCUGGGAGACCCCACCCUGCUGCCCCUCAGGCCCCAGGCCCCAGGCUGGGCCGAGGCUCCACGUGACCUCUUCACAGACAGACUCCCCGAAGCACAGCUGUACAUUGUCUCCGGUCUUCUCCAGGACUGGCCUGACGAACAGCUGCAUCCGUUACUGAGCAGAAUCUCAGAAAGGGAUUAG